AAGCAGUUAACCGACUCUUUCUCUUCUUAUUUUGAAUCCCUUCUCUCUGACACUUACCUACCACACUGAAGUAACCCUCUCAACUCCCUCCUGAAACUUCACCCACCCACUUCAACCAACUUAAGAAAAUAACCUCUUCUUCUCUUAUCAACCACUCCUAUAUAUAUAUAUAAAAGAAUCAUCUUUAAGAAGCAAGAUUUGUUUCCCAGUUGUUUGAACAAUGGUGGGUGUUUCUUCAUCAACUGUAAUGGCAGAGAAGAUUUCUUGCUACUGUGCUUUGCUGAUGGCGACGCUGCUGGUUUUAAGCUGCUGUGAAGUUAGCGAAACUGAAAACGAAUUUGGGCUGAUUGGGAACCAGAAGAAGAGCAUUUUGAACAAAGCUUGCGACGAGAUUUAUGUGGUUAGAGAAGGAGAAACAUUGCAUAGUAUUAGUGAAAAAUGUGGUGAUCCUUAUAUAGUUGAAGCAAAUCCUCACAUUCAUGAUCCUGAUGAUGUUUUUCCUGGCUUGGUUAUUAAGAUUACCCCUUUUAAUAAUAGGUGAGAUUUUCCUGUAUAAUAUGUGAUCUUAUUUUCUUUUUAUUUAUUUGGAAUUUAUAAAAUGAUGAAAUUAUGUAUUUUUUUUCUAAUUAAAUCAGAAUUUAAAUAUGACUAAUAUCAAUAUUCAUGGUUAUUCUUCUAUUGCAAUGUGGCACUCUAGAGUUGAUAUCCAUACAUCCUGCGACCUGAUCAGUUGAUUGCGAACUAAUUAUAAUUUCAGUCUUUUAUAUUGCAACUAAUAAGAAGAUAUAGAUUUAGUGGCGAGUGGUUUUUCUUUUUCUCAUUGUAUGAAUAUUUUUUUUUUUUUAAAUAA